GGUAAGAGGUGGCGGGAGCAAAACGCUUGUGAUUGAAAUUACCCUGUUUUCCUCUGCAAUCAAAAGCUUGAGGCUAAAUGUGGCACUGAAACUCACAUCUCUUCACAAAUGGAUGCCGAAGAAGCCAAAACUUUACUGGGUUUUCCACCCAAUUCACGUCCAUCUCCUUCACAGGUCAAAUCAGCUUACAAGAAGAAGGUGUGGGAAUCUCACCCUGACCUAUUUCCAUCUCAUGAAAAGCUUCUUGCUGAAUCCAAGUUUAAAAUGAUUUCAGAAGCUUACACAUGCCUGCUGUCUGGUGGGAGAGGAGAGGCUUCAAGUUCAGUUGAAUUUUCACAUGUUGUGAGAACUGGAGUUCCGAGGGCUUAUGGAGGAAGGAAAAACCAUGCUAUGAUUAAAGUGCCAUUCAUUUUGAUCAUUGUGGGAACGGUUGCGCUUGGAGGAUUCAAUGCUUCGAGGGCUUAUAAAAAGCAGAAGGAGGAAUACCUUUCACACAAUCCAUUUCUUCCUUGAUGCCUUUUCGAGCAAGCGGGUAACUUGAUAUUUGUUUCCACCAAGAAAUAUUUUUGUUGUAAUUGGCGGACAAUAUUAUACCGUAUAUCAAUAUGCAAGUGAAAUUAAAUCAGUGAUAAUUAAUGUAGUUUGUAAAGUGAAUUACAUUUCGAUUCAAUAC